CACGAGCAACUGCAGGUGCGAAGCUGGGCAUUGGGCUAGGCGCUGCUGCGAAGCUGAGGACAAAACACAUUUCAUGAUGGCGUCUGCAAAUGCCACAUACGGCCAGAAGGAGUCCUCGGACCAGAACUUUGAUUAUAUGUUUAAAAUCCUCAUCAUUGGUAACAGCAGCGUAGGAAAGACUUCCUUCCUUUUCCGCUAUGCAGACGACUCAUUCACACCAGCCUUUGUCAGCACAGUGGGCAUCGACUUCAAGGUCAAGACCAUCUACAGGAACGACAAGAGGAUAAAGCUGCAGAUCUGGGACACUGCUGGCCAGGAGCGCUACAGGACAAUCACCACAGCUUACUACAGGGGAGCCAUGGGCUUCAUCCUUAUGUAUGACAUCACCAACGAGGACUCCUUCAACGCCGUUCAAGACUGGUCUACCCAGAUCAAGACAUACUCAUGGGACAACGCCCAGGUCCUCUUGGUGGGGAACAAGUGUGAUAUGGAGGAUGAACGAGUGGUGGCUGCAGAGAGGGGCCGGCAGCUGUCAGAACAGCUGGGUUUUGAAUACUUUGAAGCGAGUGCUAAAGAUAACAUUAACGUGAAGCAGACCUUCGAGCGGCUGGUGGACAUCAUCUGCGAGAGGAUGACGGAGAGUCUGGACAACAAUGACCCGACCGUCACUGGAGCUAAACAGGGGCCACAGCUCAACGAGCAGCCUCAGAGGUCCCAUCAGGAUUGUGCAUGCUAAACAUGACCCCCCCCCCCCCCACACACACAUGCACACAUGCACACACUGUCCUAAAAUCCACACAUGCUGUAUUUUCAGUUAGUCUCUCUCUUUCUUUUUCUACGCACAUACACAAGAGUAUUACACACAAACACUGUCAUACAGAGGCACACAACCUGGCUGCUUAGAUUCUCAAACCCUCUAUCUACAUAAAGAGCUCCGCCCACGUGACCGGUUCUCCCCAAAGAUUUGUCAUUUUCUGAAAAAGCAUCUUAAAGUGUUUGUUCAUUUCAGUAAUACAGAGAUUAUGUGAUAGUGCUAAAUUAGAGGGGUGAAGGGGUACAAUCCCAAGUUGUCUUUCUUUCUCACUUGCACACGAACACACACUACUUUUCUCUUCUAUGACCAGUUAGGCCAGUCAAGGCUAAGACUCCAAUGGGUUUUACUCUAAAAGGCCUUGUAGGUUGCCUGAUUCUGGUCUGGCAUCAGGACAUGCGACAGCGAUUUCUCAGUUAAAAAGCUAUCGAUCCAAUGAGUGUCGCUGGGGGAAUAAUGAUUAGCCAAUCAGUACAUAACAGGGUAAUAGUAAUAACAAGAAUGGUGACUGCUAUAGAGAAGAUAGAGGCUGUUCUAAUUUGAUUGAUUGAAGCUUGAAAUGGAGCGUAACAAGUUGACAGCUCAGUCUGAUAUCAGGCAGCUGUGAAGGAGGAAUGUUGGAGGAAUCCAACUCACACUCAGCAUUAACAACCCAAAGCUAAGUGGAUGCAAAUGAUUUAAAAUUGUUUAACUUUUAGUCCCGUUGAAAAUAUGUUUGUUGCUGUGGAUAGAGUUGCUGGGGGGGGUUUUUUUUUUUUUUUUUUUUUUGUUUUUGUUUUUUUUUGGGUUUUUUUAUGUCUUUGACUUGGUUGGGUGUGGUUUUGAGCAUGUGAAAUCACCAGUCCUUCCCAGUGUUGUGAUUGAGUUUCUACAGAUAAUUACGGUCCUUAAGUUUAGUUUGACGUCCAUUUAAAAGUUGUUUUUCUUUUAAUUUUAGGAAUGAACAUAAGAAUAGCAAAGGUCAUGCACAUCAGUUUGCUAGUCAGUUCUCAUAAUUAUUAUUAUUUAUAUACAUUGUUGGCCCUUUCCCAGAUUUUAAAUUUUUGUAUGUCUGUUUAUAUGUCAGGAGCUGCAUCACCUCUGGAGGUUGCUUGAUUUUAAAUUCUUAGUGUUGUUUUUGUUUUGUUUUUUACUGUUUUGUAUUUUUAAGACAUAUGACAGAAUAAAAGAAUAUGGGAUAUCAUUCACCUCAUGGGGAAGAGUGUAUAAAUGUUUAAAAGUUAAAUAUAUGCAUUUUAUAAAAAAAUUAUAUAUAUAUAAUUUUGGAUUCCAACCUGGGCUUAAGUGAGAAGUGCAUGUGGUUGAUGGUUUUUAACCGAUUCUGGUUGCUGGAUGGUUUUUUAUUUUUAUGAGCUGAAUUUAAACCCCGUCUGUCCUACAGUUUCAGUACUUGGAGGUAGCAAAUGCAGCUCAAGGUUUCACUUGUGAAGCCCAUGGCCCCUUCUCAUUGUAUUAACUUUCUUUCACUGUGUACUGCGUACAAUGUGCAACAUGCACUCACUAGAAAGGCAUGUGAUUCAGUGUGAGCACUGGUAUACCAGAGACCUGCCAUCUUUAUCAACUACCAGAUAAGUCUCUUAUGUCGCCUAUGUAGAUUAUAUUUUCAUCUUUACUUUUGGGAGGAACUGGAUGUUUUUAAGCAUGUGAAUACUGAGUUUUAUUUCUCUCUCUCUGAUGCUAAGGUUAGGGAGGUUGUCUGCUCAUGUACAGUACAAAACCUUCUGUAUGUCAUGCAUUCACAGAUAAGCUGAGGCAUGCUAAAAUAUUUUCAAAAUGUAACUUAUUUAUUUUGUAUUACUUAUAACUUUAUUUAUUUUUGAGAUCAUGUUCUUCCUGUAGAUUAUGCAUCACAAUCUGCACUCUACAUUUUGAGAUGUUCAGUAGUAUCCAAUGGCUUAAACUGUCCCAGCUUUUAAAUGAAAAUAUAUUUGUGUUUACAGUGAAUAUAAAGCUUAAGAUGCUUCCUCAAGAGGAAAGUUAAACAUUCCAGUGUGAGAGUCUCUUAUCAUGUCAACUGUGGGAAGUUUGUUUGUCUUUUGAUAUCAGUUAUGUAACAUUUAAGACUUAGUAGUCUAAAAGCAGACUGUUCUCACAGCGCAAUAGCAAUUAUUUAUCUCCAUAUCCAAAUAUCAGCAACAUACAACCCUGGUGAAGGUUUCUAGCUCACAUACUGUACAAGUAUAGUAUAGCACCCUAAUAUAGUAUGUAUAGUUUGUAUAAAGGGAAUCUUAAUUGAUCUUUCCAAAGAGAUCGCGAUCCUACAUUUAGAGCCAAAAAGAGCCCUUGUUUGUGUCUGCAUUUGUUAGACUUGCACUAACAAGCUAGUCUGAUAGUGUUUUCCUACUCUGUGCAGUAGCUUCAAAAAGGGAAAAUGUUUUGGAAGGAAACUGAAUACUCUGAACACUUCAUUAAAGUAGUAAUUGUUACUGCAUUUGUUCACUUUUGACAUGCUUGUUGAUUUUUGUUACUUUUAUUUAUUGUGUUUUGCUACAGCUGUAAACUUGCAGGUGACUUAGGAACACGUAUCAAUCCUGUUCAGCUCUCAUCCUCUUCCCUGUCAUAAAUGACCCUUGUAAAUAGGAGUUUUCUGCCCGUCAGGUAUUAGUUGUGUGAAUUGUGCUGUAAUUCUGUAAUGCCAGAUUUGCUAUAAUGAGGAAUAAAUAAACAAAUUCUAAAAGCUGGA